AUGCUGUCUCCACAAUUGUUCCACAAAAUCUUAGGAGUCGCGUUUUUCCUGCUCCCAUGCUAUGCUCAAGGUAAACUUACAGAAAUUUAUCCACUGCAUGGUUCUGUGCUCUUGCCUGAAUAUGGGAUAAAGUAAUGUUUUCUACCAGAUUGCCUGCCACUGAACAAUAAUGAAAUAGAAGGCGUUGUCCGGCAACUGGAACAUCGGAUCUCCCAGCUUGAAGGAGUACUCCGCUUGGAAAAUAUGAUAACAGGAUCUGGAGGAAAAAUAUUUGCUACCAAUGGCAAAAAAGCUGAUUACGACACUACACUGAAAACCUGCAAAGAGGCUGGAGGGUCUAUUGCCAUGCCGAGGAACCCAGGAGAGAAUGAUGCCAUUCUGCACUUUGUGAAAAAUUUUAAUACCUAUGCCUACCUGGGGAUGAAGGAAUCUCUAAUUCCAGGCAAAUUUCAGUUCCUGGAUGGCACCAAAUUGAGCUAUACUAACUGGCAUUCAAAUGAACCUUCUGGCAAAGGGGAAGAGGCAUGUGUGGAGAUGUACACUGAUGGCACUUGGAAUGACAAAGCAUGCAACAAGAAUCGCCUUAUUGUCUGUCAGUUUUAG